GCCAAUAUAGCUCAAGAUGGCGGAGGAAGGUGAGUUGAAAUUCAUAUGGAGUUUGGUCUACAUUUGUAUCUUUUGUGCAGCUUUAUAAUCAUUUGUAUUAAAAUAAGUUUGGAUAAAUAUUCUAGUUCUCAAAGUAUAAUUUAAAGCACUGAAUAACCGGAACACUGGAGAAAACAAUGCCAUGUCAUUCAACGUGCUUUAGCAUAGUUCGUUUUCUCUGCUUUGAUAUAUGUCGAUCGAUUACCAGUCCUUCCCGCUUGUUACAUUUCAGUAAGCGUCAUAGAUAAAGAAAACAUUGUAUUUUUGAGCGAAACAGUUGAAGAAAUCGAGACUGGGACUAGUCAUGUUUAUCAGUUUUAACCGGUGAUUGUGCAUUGCAUUUGCAACUGGACCUAUACUUACGAAUAGGAAUUAAUUUUCUUUAGUGUAGGGGUGAUGAUCUUGUGUUCUGUUUCAUCUUCUAUUUUCAAUUGCUUUUGAGUAACUGAGAAAAUCAAUUAUCCAGGGUGAAACGUUGCCUUGUUGUUUAAAUACUUUAAUUAACCACUCAUUUUGGCUGCAAACUAUUAAAACUAAUAUUGAAAUACGAAAGAGCGACCUCUCCUCCUUUUGGUUUGUGAGUUUAUGAUGAUGAAUACAACUAUUCGAGAAAAAGAAAGCAUAGUUAAGUAUGGUUUGAGAAAAUAGAUUUUAAGCUGACCUUUCAUUUUGCCUAAAUGUGAACUUAUAUACUUCCUCUUUUUUUUAUGGCAUUUUUUUGCCUUCUUCCUUUCACUCUUUAAAAUUUGAUCAAUUAUUCUGUGUUUUAAUUGAGUACAGGUCAGGUUGCCAAGCUGGAAAGGCACCUGAGCUUGUUACGUCAAGAGUAUGUCAAGCUUCAAAACAAACAUAUUGAGCUGGAGCAGAAGUACAGUGUAGCAGUAGCCACUUCAGGACAGAGUGGAGAACAUGAGAACACAUUUGUUAGCAGGCUGUUGAAAACUGUUGCAGAACUAUUUGAUAAAGACUUGUACAGGUAUGGCCUAUGGUCUUUACUUCCAUUCAACCAGAACAGGUGUUAAUUGGUUCUGAAAGAAUGAACUUUAAAAGCCCAAUAAUAAGCUACUGCUGUUGUAUGACAUACUUUGAAUGUUUACUUGUUCUAAGAAUGUGCUUGUUCUUGUUGAUGUGCUGAAGGCAAAGAGAGAUUCUGUGAGUGUAUACUGUUUCCAGUGUCUCACCCCACCUCCCCUUCCUAUAACAGCAACUGGACAUAGCAAAUUUUGUCAGCCAUUACCUGUGUGCUUGCAUGAUUUCUCUCCACACUGGAACCUUGUCAUUUGAGUGCAGCAUUUUGUGAAUAUUCUUUUAGCUGAACUUAGACUGCAACAUUGCGAAUUUACCUUUGAACUCUCCUAUCCAAAACAUUUUUCACUAUUCCUGGGCUCCCAGGUUUGUAAAAGUUGGGUUUACACUAAGUCAUGAUGUAAACUAGUUAGAAAUGAAUGUUAUUUUACUAUUUGCAAACAGUGAUAUAACAGUGUGUUUUGCGGAUCAGAAGAUAAAAGCCCACAAGUUUGUAUUAGCAGCACGAGGGGAUCACUGGAGUAACAGAGAUCUGAAUGAAAUUAAUCAACUUGAAUUAGCAGGUAACUUAAUCAUAGGGUGCUUUUUUCUAAAACUCCAGGCAUCUCUCUGUUGUAUCCUUAAGGAUGGGCUUUGAUCAAAGGAUAUUACUUUAAAUACAUUGCUAUAAUUUUUGCCAAUUUAUUAUUUUUUUUAACUUUAAUGAAUGGAAGUUAUGCUUUUUCUCUUGGACAGGAUGCUAACUGGUAACAGUUAGGCCCGCCCCUUGCAUUUAUGUCACACUGACACAUUUCACUGAUAUCAACUGAUGCUAUUAAAGCAAACAGUGAGAGUUCAUAGCAUUUUGCUUUGCACAGAAAGUAUUAAGACCAGUCCAAUAUCAAAUUUAAUUGGCUAUACCAAGAGUAAAUUUCCAAGUACUUAUGGUACGAAAAAAAAAUCGAAGACAGGGUUAUGUUGUUGUUUGGGAACAAAACAGAUUGUGAAAAAGGGUAAAUGAUGAAUAGUACUUGAGCACAACAGAUCCUUAUUCAGCCAGGGUCCUUAAGAAGAGUCCUUAAGUCACUGUUCUUUAAGUUGCUGAAGAAUUAAAAAAGAAUUAACCCUUUGACUCCCAAGAUCUUGAUGUUAAUUUCCUUGUAAAUUAGCCAUAUGAAUUUGAUAAUAGAACAAGAUAACAACUUCUGCCUGGUAGGUUCGAAUAUUCUCAUAACCUAUUUGCUAGAUAAUGUGAGGAUCCUGAUAAGUUUGAGUAUUCUCAUAACCUAUUUGCUAGAUAAUUCAAGGAUCUGGAUAAGUUUGAGUAUUCUCACAACCUACUUGCUAGAUAAUGUGAAGAUAUUAAAGGAGGUCAAGGGUUAACUUUUUCACUCCCAAAAUUGACCAAAGAGGAAUUUCUCCUUCCAAUUUCAAGUCAAUUUUUACCAUCAUGGACCAGAGAAAGGAGAAAAUUAUCAAAUGAGAAUGCCAUUUUUAUUAUAAAACAAAUUUUCAUGGCUAAUAUUGUGAGAAAUGAAUACCAGUCAGUUUAGAGAAUUGAUGUUUGGAUCUUGGGGGUAAAAAGGUUAAGAAAUAGAACUCUUUAAACAAAUUCUUCUGAGGAAAAUUUAAUAUUAAACUUUUUGUAUUUAUUACUACAUCUAUGCAAGUCAUGUUUAUUUAUUGAUUAUGAUUUCAGAUAUCAGCUCAGCAGUUGGUUUGACAUUAAUGAAAUGGGUUUACACUGAUAAGGCAGAAAUCCCCCAUGAUGAAGCAUUUCUCAUUGAGCUGGUUAAAGGAGCAACGAAGUAUAGACUUAAAGAAUUAAAGGAAAGGUACUGGUAGAUGGAAAAAGAAAUGAUCUGAUAAUUUUCUGCAGUGUAGCUGAACAGUUUAUAAGUCAGUUGAAAAGGUUAAUUUUUGUUCAGUUAUUUAAAGGGAAACCCUUGACACUAGAAAUUGUUAACCUCAAGAGAGACAUUUAUAAUUUUUGGGUUGGAGAAUAUAAGGGUUAAUUUUUAAAUUUCAUUUCAUUGGGAACAUGAUUUAGUAUCAUUUCAGUAACAGUUUUCACUUUUAUAGCCUCUAUGGCUUGGUUGUUUCAUUUUUAAUCGAGAUGGUAUUACAUUUUAAGAAGAAAGCUGUUGGUAAAUCAAAAUGACUCUUCUUCAUCAUUACUUAUUUGUACUCUUUUGUAAGGAGUAAACUCAUUUUCACUGUCACUUUCUUCCUACAUAAAGUGAAGGUCAAGUGUGGCUUGUCCUAGUAGAGCAAUUUUAUACAAAAAUCCUUUUUGAAAGCCAGUAACAAGGUGUCCAAACUCCAAUGCCGUUUAUUUACUGACAUUUUUUUGUUUUCUCUUCUUGCCAGGUGCGAGAAAAUGUUAAUGUCUUCAGUGUCAGUUUCAAACUGUAUUAAGUUUUACCAGACUGCUGAAGAUAUUGGUGCAAAAGAAUUGCAGAAGUAUUGUGCAGAAAUUAUCUCUAAUCACUGGGUUGGUUUUCUUAAACAUUUGCACUUCUUAAACAUUGUCUGGAGAGUAAGUGACUUUACAAAUGGUCUACUUGUUUUGUUGUAAUUUCAGCAUGACCUUAAGACAGAGGAUUUCAGCAGCAUGAGUGCGCCAUUAUUGUAUGAAAUGUUCAAGUCAAAGUCUGGCUUUCCCCUUCACCUGGCAGUUAGGCAUCACAGGGAAGAUGUUGUCUUUCUGUUCCUGAUUGAGUUUAACCCACAGGUAAUCAGUAUGUUAGGAAAAAAAUUAGCAGUUCAGGUAAGAGAAGAGGCAGGGCAGAUUAAUAUGUUCUUGAGGUGCAUUUCCCAUAUGUCUUGCAAUUUUUUUAGGCUGAAGAUGGACUAUGAAAUCCAUGAAAAUUCACAUCAGAACAGUUUUCUCAAAAUUCUUGUAGAUGUAUCAGCAGCAGACCCAAAUAUUUUCACUGUUGUGACCCCUUGGUGGCAAGCUCACAAGAACUUGCCAGCUCCUAAAUUAAGAAUUUUUUUCUAAUUUAUUGUUUCAUAUGUUGAAAGCCUUAAUUGAUAAGGUGGUAUUCCCCAGCAGCCUGGUUUCCCUCUCAACAUAUUGGUACCCAUUUAUACUCCUGAGAAGUAACACAAGACUUUGGUGACUUGUGCAAGAAUGCAUCAGAGACAGAGCCCUUUUGGGCUUACUCUCUUGACCCCUUUAAUCAGAAUCUGUCUUGCUAACUUCAGGUUUUCUCCAUCCUCUAGAAGUUAUCUGCAUACACACUGCACUAACAUGGUGCAUAAUUCAUUCAAUGUUUUGUGGAUUUUGUAGUUACCUGGUAAACUGAAUGAGCUGGAACCGUCUAGUGGUCAAGUUCCUCUUCACAUUGCACUCACAGAGAAACAGGAAAGCAUUGCUAGGACUCUUGUUGGUCAUGGCUGUGAUGUGAACAUGGCAGAUAUCGAUGGGCAGUGUUUGUUACACAAGGCCAUAAAUCAAGGUGAUGAAUUUUCUGCAACGUUUUUGAUCAAGAAUGGAGCAAGAGUCAGUGCUGCAACACACAGUGAACAUGUGACCCCAUUACAUCUGACUGCUUCUUACAAGUAAGGGAACAUUUCACUUUUUUCUUGAGAAUUGCAAUGAGCAAAAUGGUAAUUGGUGCCAGUUCAAAGCUUGUGGAUUGUGACCAGGAUGAGAAAUCCUGUUUACAGACAUUCUGGUAAUGUUGCCAUCAUGUGGGAAUUGAAUGUAAGAUAGGAAUGGAACAUUUGGAAGUGGGAGAGGUCCUCUUCCAGUUGCUGAACAUGUUAUUGAAAACUUGAAUUAAACUGAUGCAUAAUUUGACAUAUAGUAGUCAUUUUUCAUCGUACUCGUUGUGGUUGUUUUUCAGACCUUGGUCAGCUUCUUCAGUUCCUGUAGGAGCAACCAAUUCAACAUCAAUGACAUCAGCUCAAGGAAUGGCAAGAAUUGCAUCCUUGCUUUUGGAGAAUUCUGCAAAUGUUGAUGCCCAAGACAGUGCAGGAAGGUUGGUGAACAACAUUUCUGUUACAAGCAUGUUCUUGUUGUAAGCAUACAUAUACAAAUCAACUUUAAAACAAAAUCUAAUUAAAGGCUUUCUUGAAAAACUUGAAUUUGGUUUGUUUGAAUAUCUCUUCUAAGAGGUUUGUCAGAGGGGAGUGUGGAUUGGUGCAGGUUUGUCCUGAAGCCCAGUUGUACAUUCUAGUUUUUUUUUUUUUUUCAUCACUGGUAUUUGGUUUGUAUAUCAUUGACUGAUUUUUGGGUCUAUUUACAUUUCAGGACUUCACUACACAGAGCUAUAGAGGCUCAGAAUGAUGCUGUUCUUAGCAUUCUACUUCAAAAGGCCAAGUAUGUGGAUCUCUUUCUUCCUUAUGCUGCAGAACCCCCACGCGUGUCAAGCGCGUGUUAUGCGUGGAAAUUACACGUGCUUCUAGUAAUCAACUAAUUUUUAAUUUAAUAUUUAUCCUGUGUCAAUCUUCCUUUUGAUUUUUAUGCACUGUUAAGCAGAAAGGGAGUGAGGAUUGGAAAAACUAUCCAGUAGGGCAUGUCUUGUAUAUGUGACAUAUCCUCAGGGGGAGUCAACAAAGAAACUCAUGACCGUCCUCUAGGAAAACGAGCUUCAAGAUCUUAGGAGGGAAAGGCUAAACAAAGCCACAGCUUCUACUGUUCUAUAUACAGUUUAAAAGAGUUUAACAUCAGGGGUCGGGACUCUUUCAUAAGUGCACUCACUUCAACAUCACAAAGCAAGCGGGGGCCAGGCAGUCAACGUUUGAUGAUAGUUUUGUGGGUGAAAAAUAAUAUGUGUUUGUGAAAUGAACGGUUGCGUUUCGGGAUGACUCGAAGCCUUUUCAACCAUUGUUGCCAUGAUUGGUACGUCCCCGUAAAUGCAAUUUUUCAGGUUUUUUUCUCCCUUAUAACCCAGUGCUAUGCAGAAAGGAUCUGAUUACACUGCGAACGAGAGAAGUAGUUCUCCUCUUUCGCCACAUGUUCUCUCAAAUGCAAAUCCAUGCCCAGUUCAAACAUUUCCUGCUCAUGCGUUUUCUACAAUUUUCUCAUUGGUUAAUUGGCGUUUCUGUGUCUGUUCUGAUUGGUAGACUCAAUCUAGAGCUGCGUGACAAUGAAGGGCGUGUCCCACUGUGGCUGGCAUUGUCACGUGACACGCAAGUGGAUCCAAUGGACGAAGACAGUUUGGCAGCUAAGCUUGUAAAACAUGGAGCUAGUGCAGAUGCCAUCAACAAUAUUACAGGUGAGCUACCUUCUUAGUACCGGAAUAUUUCACGGCAAACACCUUGUGGUGUUAAAAAUAAAGGAUUUUUUCUCUCCAAUGCGGGAAACUUUGGUGACGCCCACGACUUGCAUAAAAUGUAAAUUAUUUGGGUCAUACAACGUAGUUGUUUUUUUUCCUUCGAGUAACUGAUGGUAUAGAAGAAGAUUGUUGACUGAUUUGUGAUCCUAGUUGCUCAUGGCACAGUUUGCAUCAAUCCAGAUUUGAUUGUUAUGGUAACGCGCAGUUUUCGUACGCAAGCAAGGUUAACGUGCAGAAAACUACCUCUACCAAAGUGUUCGUGACUAAAAUCGCUAGGCUCUUACCCAAAUCAGACAGAACUGUGAGUUCUAAGGAAAAAUUUAUUUAGGUUUGUGUUUUAGGGUCGAAUGCGGUCCAGUUUUCUUCUUCCUCCUUGGGCGAUUGUUAUGAACAAAAUAUUCUUCUUCUUGAAUGACUUUGUUCUCCCCGCACCCCUCCCUUCUUGCUCUUUCUCACCCUGGCUUGCCCGCUUAGUUUUCGUCUCCCUACUGAUCGUUAUUGUAUCUCGGAUAUCUCAAACUUCCGGUGUCUAUUAGUCUCCAGCAGGACUUUGCGGUACACUCAUUGAGUUAUUUUGUUUGAUUGGUUUUUAAGGCGACUCAUUACUUCACAUGGCGGCUGCUUCUGGCCGUGAAGAGGCCGGUUUGUUUUUAGCGUCGCACGGAGCUCAAGCAAACCACACCAACAAACAUGGCGAGAUGCCUCUUCACGUCGCGGCAAGGAAGGGCUUGGCCAAACUCGUGUCUGAACUUCUUAACAAGUAAGUGAAACCAAUCAUUAGUCGUUGUGCUAAGCAUUUGUUAAAACUUUGGUGAAUUACAGUGCUGUAAGAGACGGUACGAUGUAAGUGACCUUUAAUCUCGCAGUGGCUUCUUCCUGCGACUUUUUCGUUUAACGCAUAUAUUUACUGUUGAAUGUUAUUAGGCUUAAACGCCGAGCUGUUGGCAUCAUUUUUCCAGGCUUGACACUCACCUCUUGUUUCCAUUAGCUGGUCAUUCCAGCAGGUCAAACCCUUUCCUGUGUUUUGUGUGCUGAUUUGUGUUAUUUUUUUCUGCAGUGUCUAAGUGUUUACCGUAGUUUUGUUCAAAUAGCGUAUUUUUAUGCGCCGGCAGAUAUCUGAUCGUCUUUUCAAACUAUAUAUGACAAUCCGUGCAGAUACCUACAUUAUCCAGCAUAACAUUGGAUAACACUGACCAACCCCAAUCAAUCUCAUAAAUUGGAAGAAAAUACUAUCAGCUCUUAGGAGCCUGAGUGAGUGAAAGCCACACGAAUAACCUGAUAUACAGACAGUAUCCCGGUGUGUUUGGUAAUCAUGUGUCACUUCUAUUUUUAAAACACAAACCUUAGAACGUGCUACGCCUCUGGUCUUUUUGUACUUCAUGUGAAUCAGAAAUCACGGACAAUCGCCAGCUCUGUUCACAUCACAAUUCAAUCUCUUCAAAGCAACCAUGAAACGUUUAAUUUUUGUUCUAUAGCGGAGCGAACCCGAACGCUCAAACCACAGAAACGGAAGAAAUGAAAGUCAAAGCUACAGAAAGAGCUCAAGCGAGAGAGACAGCUAAAAAACAAGCCAGACAAAAGGCCAGAGAGAAAUUUGUGGAAAUGGAAACAGCGAAAGCUGCUGAGAAAGCGAAAGAAGCUGAGCGGCAGAAGAAAUCACAAAAGCUACCAUCAUCACAAGUAAAAUCUGUACCAGCUGUAUCUUCCAUAUCGGCAAACAAGUUGAACUCUUUCGAGCAGGAUCUGGGACACAGCACAAAUCCUUUUGAUGAAAGCGAUCAGUUCUCAUUUGGGUCUGAGGAUGCAACCAAUCCUUUUCUGGACGAUAUCAGAGCCGCAUCAGCGGCUGCCUCCGCCCUGUCUUACGGUGGUAAUCCUUUUGAGGAGCCUUCUAAAGGUACGACAAGCAGGUCGUCUUUUGCAGGUGAUAACAGUGUGGAGCGAAAUAUUUUUCGCUGUCGCGUUUGCGUAGAUUAUCUCGGCUUAUGCAGCUCGGUAUCUGAGCAUACAACUACUUGAUUUCCAUCGUCAGCUCCGGUUUAUAAAGAAAUAUCUUUUACUUCCUACGGCUGAAUUUGGUAUAUUUCACUGUCUGUCUCAAUGAUAAUUUCACUUGUAGUUGCCUCUUGUCUUCUUAAUUGGUUUUUUUUUUUUGUGGCCUAUUUGUCUCGAGGGUUCACAAAAGAACUAGGCUGGAUAGGAAGGAAUUUUUAACGGAUAGGUUCGUACGGUACCGUGUCCUGUGCUGUAAAAUAUUUCAGGGACUAGGAGUUGUGUCCAAUAGAACCUGUUUGAUACGAAUUUAGUUACACAAUUAUAAUGCACAAACUUCAGUAUUAUAAAGUGAAGAAUAACCUCCUAUUUCACAAACUCUUCACUCUUGUGCUGUGCUUGUCUUCUGCUCAUUUAACGGGCUUACUUAUUUUUCAUCUUGUUUAAUACUUUGUUUUGUCAGAAACUACCCCGGUACCAGAUCCCUCUCCUAGUGCAGCCAGCACAGACGUAGCAGCCGCUGACUCUAACGCAGCUCAGACUCCAACAGAAGAAAUGAUCGACAAGCUGGUAUAUGACUUCCAGUUGUACCAGGAUCCUUACCUGCAAGCUGUCAUAAUAGACUGUCACGGAAGGACUCCAUUGCACGUUGCUGUGGCUGAAAAACAUGAAGAUGUUGUAAAUUGUUUUCUUGACUUUCAAGGUUGGUUGUUGUUAAGUUUUAGUGAAAGAAAAUUUUUAUAGAGGAGCGGGAAGAGGUUAAGCGUGAGCCAUUUUCUGAUUUAUCUGAAUUUACGGAAAUCCCCAACGUUGAAGAUCUUUAGUGUGGAUCAAUAUCCUAUAAUCUUCCUCUCGGCCAUCUCAUUAGUCCCUUAGAAAGAGAGCAACUGAAUUAUCUUUUCAUUGGAGUGCAACUGGUGUGUUCUCUGACUUGCUAUGCAAGGGGCUCAGUUCGCUAAACUACGGCAGACGAGCGCCGAAGUCGUCAGUGUACUGUCGUUCAUUUACUUGCAAUCGUUUUUUAUUUGCCUUUGUCAAUUACUACGGCAACACUUUUUAACGUGACAUGUUUCUUUCGUGGAAACUUUGAAGAGAUCGAAAAGGUUACCUUGAGGCUUAAGUUUUCGCCCAUAAAUCUCAUUUCAUGGACCAACUUUAUUCAUCUUCGCGCGUUGCAGGCAGUUUAGGCAGAGGUGGCCGUCUUCCCAUUGUACCAGAUUUUAACUUGUCAGACAGUGAGGAUCAGACUCCCCUGGAGUUAGCUCUGUGUACAGGUCAGAUGUCGGUAGCCAGUAGGCUGCUGGAGGCUGGUGCCAGUAUUGAGGUCCAGACCACCAAAGGUCUGACUCUGCUGCAUAAGGCUGUGAGGAGGGGAGAUAACGCUAGUGCUUUGUUUCUAUUAGAGCACGGGGCUGACAUUAAUAACAAGUAAGAUAACUUGUUUUGCUCUGAUAGACUUUGCACAUGAAUGUCCCACUACGACACACUGUAUAAUGGCGUGACAUGACAAGCUGGGCAACUUACACCCCCGUGACUGUCAACGUUACUUAUAUGCAGAUUGGUAAAAUUACAGCGUGUUUUGAUCGGUAAACCUUUUCAGUUAAAUCGAUUUAUGAUACAGCUUGUGCACCCCAUUGAAAAACCUUUCGGUGAAACCGAAAUAAUAGUAGCUACUCUGAGCAGUAUAAUGACAUGCAUCUCGAAGUGGACAUUAAUUCCAUUAUUCCAUGAAUAAGAACAUGCUUCUACUGAUUUGCCUAUUAACUUUUAGUGAAUUAAGUAUAGUUAACAAAAUGGUUUCGAGUGCAAAUUGGUGUUAAUAAGCAAGAGUGAAUUUCUCAAAGACAACAAAUUGCACUAGCCUGUAGGGCGAGUGCAAUUUGUAGUCUUUGAAAAAUUUACAAGUGCUUAUUUACAGCAAAUUGCACGAGAAUUCAUGUUGUUACCUGUUAAUAAUAUACAUGAAAACGCAGUACAGGGAGUUAAGACGGACGAACUUUUGGCAACGCGCACGCGCCAUUUGUAAUUUGCACUUGUGUUACAUGAAAAAUGCACUCGUUUCCAAUUAGACGCGUGUAAUUUUUUCAUGCAUAUUAUUACCUCCUAGUAUCAUCUGCUCAAUUCGAUUACCUUUAGCUUUUCACUUAUUGUCUUGCUGUGUUUAGGACGAAGGAGAAUAAGACAGCUCUUCAGUUAGCCAUCCAGUGCCAUUUGCAGCCGGUAGUAGACGCUCUAUGUAAGAAGGGUGCUGAUUUAAACAGCUGCGAUGAAAAGAACAAUUGUCCUCUAUGGGUGGCGCUUAAGAGUGGACAGCAAGAUAUCGCGUCUACACUUGUAAGUAUAAUACUCAUGCUGGAAAGAGAUUUUCUAAAGACAACUUAAGGCCAGUCGUUCUUUACUCACUAAGUGGUUGCUUGUGAUCGCUAAGUUUUUUGUUCCAAUAUAAAUAGCUGAAGAUCGUCACGGAGCUGUAAUAGUACUUUCUAAUAGUACAAUGGAACCUUCCAAAGCCUUCCAACGCGUGGCAAAGACCUUCGAGCUUACUGGACUGCUUAUUUAUACAAAGUCUGACCAAAACCACGGUUUUACAGAAUCUGUGGGCUUCACCGGGCUUUCUAUAUGUAAGGGUUGAUUAAUUUAUUUAAUGUCUUUUCAUUGUUAGCUUUCGGCCCUCUCUAAACUGUUCAGAAAUAUAAAUGUUCAAAUAAAAGGUCGAGCUAAAUUGGGCAUUGUUUGGUUUUGUUAAACAACGGCUAAAGUUUGUUUAAAUUAUCUGUGUUUAGCAGACUGUGCAUGUUCUUUUAAUAUGAGAGUUUUAUUGAUAGAAAAUGCAAACUGACGGUCUUCAUUGAUUGCGCCACUAGGUAUUGUACGGUUGCGACACCGACGCUUGGAAUCUGGGCCGUAAUGGUUGUACCCAAUCACUUCUUCAUCGUGCCAUCGAUGACCGAGACGAACCAUCCGCAUGUUUCCUUAUCAGAAGCGGCUGUGAUAUCAACAGGUAAAUAAUUAAGGUUGAAGUUGGAUGCUAGCGACUGAUUUUCUCUUCCUUUUUUUUUUGUAUUAAUCUUACUUUAAUUGCAAUACUUACUUGUUUUUAAACAAUUACUAUCAUGAGUAAAGAUGAUAACUUUAGUACUAUUGAAUGAAAAAAAAAAAGGCAACCAUUACAAUACCCCCCACCCCAAAAAAAAAAAAAAAACACUUACAAUGAUAGCAUCACUUUUUAAAAUGGUGUCACCACACGAAUGCAAAAUUGAAAAUAAAAGCUAUGCAGUCAAGAACGUUACAUACGAUACACUUAUUAUUAUCGUCUCUAUGAUUUACUUAACUCUAUAACACUGGAGUGACUAGCGUCUAAUUUCUCCUUACAAUAUCAUCCCUAAAUCAAACAUUUAGGUCAUUAGUAUAAAGAACAUGAUCGACAACUAAAGAACCUCUUCAUUGUUAAACAAAUUCUCCUUGUCGGCGCCCAAGGAAAUAUGUAGAGAACAGUUCGGAGAAUAUCCAUACUGAUGUUAGGGUGUAGAGGGCUUAUUAGAUUUUUAAUUUUUUCCUUUCCUUUUUCCUUUUUCAUACGUACUCAACGAGUUUCUUACAAUACAUCAACAGGGCUUACUAUAGUGCUAGAAGUACUUACAACAGCUAGAUUCUUAUUGUACCAACAACACUUACUAUACUUGCUUGGUAUUUCUGAUAAAGUGCUUCUAACAAGAUUUGGAUCAAUGUGAGUUUCUGACCAACGGCACACUUACCCCUCCCCUGACCCAACCACAGUGAACUGAUAUUAAGUUAAGGUUAAUGUUGGGCUACGAGAGGGUUAGGUGUGCAGUUGCUCAGAUAAAUAGACAUUUAUCUCUAGAUUUAAUAUAUAUUUCUAGGCAGAAAUAUGAUUUUAAAGUUAAAAAAGAAGGAUGUGUAGGUAGUGAUAGUUAACUCUUUACAUCAAGUCUUUGCUAAUCUCAGUGACUUUAUAUUUUCCAGUCCUCGACGACCUGGUCCUGACGGUGAGGGUGGUAUUGAAGCCUGGGAUGGAAUGUCGCCUCUUCACUUGGCUUGUGAGACUGGUUUGGAUAACGUGGUACAAACAUUAGUGGAGCAUAAAGUCAAUGUUAAUAGCAAGGUUUGUUGGACCAAAAAAAUACUUUGUUCUACAGGAAUCGUAUGAUUACAAUGAAGUAAAUGACGAAGAAAUUUUUUUUUUUAGCUUUGAUUCCACGCUCUUGACAAUUAGUUUUUCUCUCCUCACGAUUAUGGACCGUUUUUUUUUUUUUUUUUGUAAAUUUGUUAGCUUAUGUAUGUGCAACAGAGAAAAAAAGUAUACAAAAAAAACCAAAAUGCUAUUUUACUGAUUAAUAUUUGUUGACGCGUUAAGUUUUAUUUUAGUACAAUUUCUUACUUUGUUUCAUCGUAAAAUAGAGAGAAUAACUGCUUCCCCUCAGAUCAGAAAUAAAGAAAGAUCCAUGCAUCGCCAGAUGAUUAUUCUAUAUUAUUUCCACACACUGCGUAACGAGUCGUAAGUUCAGAUAAAAGGAAGAGCCAUGUGCUUACUGUCUGCCGUACAAUUCUUAUGAUGUUAGUUCAGAGAAUUUGGUAUUGGAUCAACUGAUAAUCCCCUAAUUGAUAUAUUUCUUUAUUUUCGUCCCUUGUCUACUCGAUAUUGUGUUGAUACGGUAAAGAGACAUUCUCUCUUGGUCACUCUUGGUACCUAAAGAGUGAAGCUUUACACUUAAGACUUCCUGCACAAAGACGUUCUAUAUAUCUCGAACAAGGUAAUAGUUUAUUUUUCAUUAAAGAGAAAAAUCUUGCGAUAAACGUACGUAAUAUAUACGACUGGUUAUUAUAGGAUUCAGAGAGUCGCAGUCCGAUCCAUAUCGCCAUCACCAGCAAACAUCCCAUCGUUACCAGGUUACUGCUCAGUCAUCCAGAACUUAAUAUGAACGUCACUGACCGAUCAGGACAAACGCCAUUUGCUGUUGCCCUAAGGACACGUGAUCAUGAAGCUGCAGGAGCGAUACUAGCACGAGAACCAGGUGCCGCUGAACAGGUGAGAGAGAAAUGCUUAAACAUGGUCUUAGAAAGCUUUCUAAAAAUCAUAGGGAAAAACUAUAGCAACCAUCUUUUUUAAUAUUUUUCAGUCAUUACGUCAAGCAAAAAUUUACAAAAUAGUUGCUUACAGAGCAAACUCUUGAGUUUUUAUAUUUAUUUCAGUCAUUACGUCAAAUACCUGGUCUUUCACGGGACACAGAAGCCAUGAAUGCCAAUAAAAAAAAUCCCCAGUUGCAAGAAACUUCUGACUUAUCCUAACAAUAUCCCAAUCGAUACAUUUAGUUCACGUUUAAGGAUCAGUUCGUUUUUUGACAUUAACACCUUAUUAAAGAAAACAGGUGACAGGGAUACAAGCUUAUUAGCUAGAGGAUGUUGGGAUGAUAUAACAUCUAGUUCUCUCGAUUUAAUUUCUGGAGUUAUGUCGCGGUUAAAAGAGAGAAUUGAAAAUCACAGCUUGGGAGUGAUUUUGGUUAUUAAAUGUCCCCGCAAAAACCACAGCCUUUCAUGUUAAGCACUACCGGUAAUUUUAUGGAUUUUUCGUUACUUCAAGCUCAAUAUGCCUCUGUUGGAAGAGAAGAUAACCCUAAAGACUUAAAAAUUCGAAUGUUAGCAACCAGAUUUAUUUAAGCUUCGAUUUUAAGCACAACGGUUAUAUCCUUCAUAUCACAAGUAAGGUUUGUUAAUAUUUUCAGUUCGACUCCAAGGGACGCAACUUCUUGCACUUAGCCAUUCAGAAUGUCGACGUGGAGACUGUGUUGUUUCUGAUCGGUGUGUCGGCUAAUGUCAACUCUAGAAUCCAGGACUCCUCCCACAGAACACCGUUGCACUUGGCUGUCAGCGCGGGGUCGGAAAUAAUUGUUAGACACUUGGUAGGAGUUUGCUGCUCUUUUUGUAGUUUAUUGCUCAUAAAGAAUAGUUUAACGGUAUUCGCGUCAUCGUUUUACAACCUACGAAAUUCUAGCCUAACGAAACCAUUUGGUUGUCGUCUAUCAGGGUAGAAAAACAUAAAAAAGGCGAUUGCCUCCAUUUUUAUAUGAGUUCCGAAAUGAACUCCUCUUUCCUCCCUUGAUAUGCAGUUUUUUUUAACUGAAUGCAGGCAUACAUCGUUCGUUAUGCAGCAAAAAAUGCAGCUGUUUUUAAUCAUAAACAAAGAAAUUAUGCGUUCAUUCAGGAGACUAGAUCUUCCAACCUACGUGUAGGACUUCAUAGAGUAGGAUUUGAGAUUCCUCGUCUUUUUCUUUUCUAAUUGGCAGCUUCUUGCCGGUAGCAGAGUUAAUGAUGUGGACAAACAUCGUCAAACAGGAUUGCACAUUGCCGCUGCAAAUAACCGUGCUUCCAUUAUCAGUGUUCUGUUAGAAAACGGUGUCGAUCCAGAUGCUACGGACGAGAAGGGAAAUAAUGGUAUCGUCCUUAUUUUUUAUCUUCAUUUUAAAGAUCCUAAUCGGGCUGUGUCUGUUUUAAAACUAUUAAAAAGAGUUCUGUUCUGGUGUUAGCCACAUGAAUAGCUAACGUUAACGGUGUUUCAGUUGUUGUGGAAGGAAGGAUGCAGCUAGGCCGAUUGGUUGGGAGACUAAGUUUCUAGGCCAUGAAUCUCACCGAAAUGGAUUUGUUCGUCUGCUCUAUAUGAAUAGCAAUUAGUCUCCCCCACUGGUACUUUGUGUACUGUUACUGUCACCGACACAUUCUGCCGUUUGUCAUUGGCUGUUGAAUAUCGUUUGUUUUCCCAUACAUUAAAACAAUUCUCUGCACUAUUGUGUGAUUUACUUUCUUCAAAAAUAUAGAAUUUGGUCAAAAGACUUUGGGGGGAAACUUGGACUCCAUAUAUUAACGAUCUGGUUCACUUGUUUGAUAUGUUCUAGCUUUACAUGUAGCAGUACAGUGUGGUCACGUGGAAGCUGUACGUGUGUUACUCACUGAGUCAUCCAUCAAUGCAGAGGCUUACAAUGCUCGGUGAGUAUCCGCUUUGUUUGGGUGUCCUGUGGUGAUUUUCACUCGAUAUGCAUUCAUAGGUGGGAUGUGCAGAAGCUAUCAGAAUAGAAUGUCGUUUAAAAAAAAACCUUUUUAAUUGCAACUACCAAUAAGCACGGGUCAAAGUGAACUAAUUAAUUUAUUAACCGACGGGUUUCGGCAGUAAGUGUGUGUAUCAUUAACUUCUUUUAAAUGAAUCAAUUGGACGGAGAAAUGCUCUCUAUCGAAUAAUGUCAUCGAUUUAUGGGCAAAAUAAGUCCUAAUUCGUUGUUUCUUCGCCUGUUUUUUAUGUGUAUAUUUAGUGGCCAGAACCCAUUGCACAUUUUAGCGCAGUACGCCAAAGAUAACGCAGUGGCCAUAUUUGAGCUUUUCCGCCAAUCAAUGCCAGACUAUCCCAUUAAUGCUCUGGACGCGGAUGAAAAUAUAGGUAAGGGUCAUCAGUUAUCAGUGUAACGUGUCUGUAACUCGAUGGGUGUAUUAUUGGUUUUAAAGUUUGAUUACAUUUUUUGUAGUUUUCUCGCUUUGUUAGUUGUUUAGAACGUGCAAUAAAGGGAAGCAGAGAUGAUGAUCAGGUGAUCAGAGAACUCACCUCCCACCGCUGUCACCGCGAUGAGUUUCUUGAUGAUUCACACCACUCCUUGUUGGGUUUUUUUACCCGUUCUCUGAUUUUCCUCCCUCCACCAAAACCUCUAAAAUUCGAAUUUACAACUCGAUCUCCACGCCACUGAAAUUUAGUAGAGAUCAUUUUGGAAUUUUAUUAGAACCGUUUUUCUGCCCAAUAUUAUUCGUAAACCAAAACUUUUGCUUACCAGGUCUGUCAAACCAGUCAAUAUAUUAAUUCAAUCUUUGUCAGACUCAAUGAUAGAUAGAUAGGGGGUAAGUUUUUAAAGAAACUGUGGUGCUGCAUCGGUGGAAUAAUGUAACAGGGUAAUUUAGUGUUAUCAACUGAGUUGAUAACAUAAAUUGGUCACCGUAAAGAGUUUAAAAGCUGACGUUCCCAACGUUAGCCCAUUGUCAGAGUGAUUGACGAAGGACUAACGUCAUCUUCAAAACUCUUUACGGUGGCUGAUUUACGUUAUCAACUCAGUUGAUAAUACUAAAUUACUCAAUGGUAAGUAUGUGAAGCUGAGAUAACAUUCUGUGUUUGUUAUUUCUAGCGUUGUUUCUUGCUUACACCAAUGGCGCGGCUCGAUUAUGUCGUGAGCUGCUGAGGGCAGGUGGAAGCCUGGCAACCAUUAACAAACAUGGGGUAUCGAUAUUUAAUGCGCAAGUACCAACGAAGAAGCUUCUCUAUACGUUACUUGGUGAGUGCAAAUGAGGGAGGGGAAGUUGUGCGGCUGGUACUUGUACUUACUGUGGUUGUUUUCUGAGACUAAUACCUUGAAGAACCCUUUUUUUCCCAAAAUUUGGUCGCGAAGAUCAAGUUUGCUCUCGGCGAGUUGUCUUUCGAAUAAAAAAUUUUCAGUUUGAUUGAAGUAAAGGAACGGAUCCCAUGGCAUGACAUUGUCGCUUUCACGUCCUCCUCAACGGCUUCAAAGUUAAGUUUCAGGUGCCACAUUGGCGACUAAGUUUCAUUGCCUCUGUGUGACAUUUUAAGAGACUCGUCGCAAGGAUUGUGGACAGGGACUUUUACCUUCUAUGUGCAGGCCUUAAACACAUACUCAGUUAGCUGAGAAAAUGCAAUAUUUGUGAUGUCUAGGGAGCACUAACUGUAAUACGCCGGCACAAGUGCACGUCCAUUUCUGACAACUUAUACUGAUGUACAUUUAAGAUAUGCUGAACGCCGAGCCACAGUGGAUUGACGGACCAGUUUGUCACGAAUGUUCAAUCAAAUUCUCCGUCAAAACUAGAAAACAUCAUUGGUGAGUCUGGAAUAAGGAACCACUAAAUAACGGUUUGGUAGAAACUAUCCAUCCUUAAUUGCUGAUUUGUGUGUCUGUUUUUGUUGGUGUAGUAGUGAUUUAACCCACUGAGCUUAAGUAUCUACCUGGUAAAAAGUUGGAACUUGUUGAGAUUUUGCGAUAUGUAAAGAUGAAUAAAUAACAAAGUUGUCUUCAUUUUAGGGUUGUAAAAACAUGUAAGACGACUUUUUCUCCUAACACUCAUUACUACCUGGCCUAUCAGAAUGUCUGACAAAAGAUGUCAACUUCGCUCAUUUGUUCCUUUGAUUUUCUUUAACAUUAUAUCUUCGUUCGUUUUCUCCUCAGUCGCCACUGUGGCCGCCUUUUAUGUGCCAAAUGUUCGUCCAAACAGAUACCCAUCAUAAAGUACGAAUUGACCAAGCCUGUGAGAGUUUGCAAUGUUUGCUUCGAAAUGCUGACCUCUGGAGUAAGCUAGUACAUUACUACCUCGAAAACUUGAACGUAUCGCCUUUGCAAGUCAAUAACAUUAUGCGGGUGGCACAUGCAUGACCGUAGAAACGGAGAGCGCUUUCUAGAAAUGUGGAUUUUUUUUUUUUUUUGGAAUUUAGUUAACGCAAAAAAUCAGCCAACUGAUCAAGUAAGUGCUUUUUUCCUACUGGGAUACCGUAUUUUACACCAUUUUUUAAUUCGCUCCUUUACAAUCAGUAUGGAUGAUAAAAAGGGACAAGUUCCCCCUAAUUUGGUGUUUGGCAGUAUAUUCUUCAGAUGUUUUUGUUUCCUCUUCCUUGAACUUGAUGUUUACUUAGCGAGUAACUUGUCCAGUUAAGGCACCUAUUCAACCAAUGUGAUACGUUGUAUUACUUUGUUUUCUGCGCUGUGGCUAAUUUUGCUUUCGUUCUUAAAAUAUCUGAAUCUCCACAAGCAUCAUGUUUUCAAAGGUGAGGAAUUCAUGUUUUAGUUCACCAGAAUCUUCAAAGUGAUGACUGAGUAAUAAAAUAUCGGGAAAACCCUAACUUGUGACAAACGUGGUACACAAUGUAUGAAAUAGUUCAAGCCUGAAAUCGUUUCUGAUGCGUUUUCCGUUUCUAAAGUGGCCUGUGUAUGGCUUGCUCUGACUGAAGAAAACAUAAACGUCGCAUUCGGCUCGCCCCUAUAGCCAUCGAUUGCACUCAGUUUGGUGAGUACUUCAGGCAGGAGUCGUUUUGCGGCAUGUCAGUGUUCAACGCGUCAAAGCCAUUUUGUCAUGUCACUAUAUAGUAGCUUCCUUCGCGACGUGAAGUUUCGUUCAAGAAGGAAUUUCUACAUAUACGUAGUUGUUAGUUUU